GUGCCUCAGUUUUAAGUCCAUCGCACUACACAGCACUCAAUCGCAACAAACCAAUUAAAUACCAUACCAGGUAUCUAUCUACCUAGCCUAACCUUGCUUUUCGAUCGUCCCGUGACUUUACUUCUAGGGUAACCAAAGACUAACUAAACCUUUGUCGUUGUUCCUAUAGACAUUUUACUCCAACACAACUACACAAUGUACCGUCAAGCCCUCACCAAGAUCCCCUCCCGCGGCCUCGCCAUCGCAUCUUCCCGCCGAGCAUUUACGACGACUAUCCGUGUCAUGUCUGCCGGAGACACUGGUGCCCCGAACAGACUCGGCAGCUUAGGCGGCCAAGGUGAUGCCUUCCAAAAGCGCGAAAAGGCCAACGAAGACUACUCCAUCCGUCAGCGUGAGAAGGAGAAGCUUCUCGAGCUACGCAAGAAGCUCAACGAGCAGCAGGAGCACCUCAAGAAGCUAUCCGACCACAUCGAUGAGUUGACCAAGGAGCAAGGCGGCGAGCACAACUAAAUUUAAGG